AUGGCGAGCGUGACGGACGGGCACGACGACGAACACGAAGAUUUCCCAGGAAUCGUCGCCACCCGGGAACCGAACGAUGCGACGCUCGAAGAGAGCGCGCAACCGGCGGACGCGCAGAGCGCCGGCCAUUGCCGUGGUCAGCACGCAGACGACAGAGUGGGCGGGGGACAGAGACGCGGAACGGCUGACAGUAUGGGUGGUCGCCCGCCUGGUCGCCUGGCCCGCGGUGUGGACCGGCGACAAUCGCGAGCGGGUGUUCAUCAACGAAAUGAUGAUGGUGCCGUGUUAUGCAGUAUGGGUGGGUGCUUGAUCGUCGUCAUGCGCUGCAGCGAUCGGGUGGUGGCAGUGCCUGUGUGA